AUGGCCACUCCCAUGUCCACGACCUCUCAGGAGGAGACCGCCAACAAGAAGCUUGAGCAGAUCACCUUUCGCUUCUGCUCCGAGUGCUCAAACAUGCUGUACCCCAAGGAGGACGAGGAGAGCCACAAGCUGCAGUUCACCUGCCGUACCUGCCAGUUCACCGAGGAGGCGCAAUCCACCUGCGUCUUUCGCAAUGUCAUGAACAACGCCGCCGGAGAGACCGCUGGAGUUACCCAGGAUGUCGGAUCGGACCCUACUGUAGGUGACUCCCAGCCCGUUCAUGCCCCUGUUGUCUGCCUCGAGUGCGGCCACGCCAUCCUUUGCACCACCUGCGGCAACCCCUCGGACGAGUUCGACGUGUCCGUCAUCGUCGGUCAGCCUGGCACUUCCACCAACAACACCAACAACAACAAGGCAGAUAUCACCUGGGAUGACUUGAUGGAGAUGGCCGAUGCGGACGCGCUCGACGAGUACGACGAGGAGAAGGAGCCCACCCACGAAAUCAACAAGAGCCUCGCCAAUAUCGGCCUCUACAAUGACACGGCGCCAACAACGCAGCACGUUUCCUGGCCCACUUUCCAGCUCGCCGUCAACCAAUGA